AUGGGGACUACUCAAACCGACAGUACAAACAAGCCCGCCGGGGAGGAAGAGCUCGCAGCUGUCCUUCCCGCAGACAGGCCAGCGUGGUACAAGGAAAGUCAUCUUCUUCGCCUGAACUUGAUUAUACUCUCUUUAGUGAUGUUCUCCUCUGCAAACGGCUACGAUGGAUCUCUGAUGAAUGGACUUCAAGCCCUUGACCAGUGGAAUAGUUUUCUGGACUAUCCUACUGGUGUACGUCUUGGAUGGCUGAAUGCCAUAUACUGGCUUGGGGGUGGUGUUGGGUACCCAGUUGCGGCGUGGUUAGCGAACAGGUUUGGACGCAAGCCAGGGGUCUAUGCCGGCUAUCUUUUCUUAGCUCUUGGCUGUGCACUUCAAACAGCAGCUCCAAAUGAGACUUCAUUCUUGCUAGCGCGAUUGUUCGUUGGCGUGGCGUCCGGAUUAUUUGGAAACUCAGUACCGCUACUUAUCAACGAGAUCGCAUACCCUAGUCACCGUGGCGUUUUAAUCUCGCUCUUCAUGUCUGGAUGGUACGUAGGUGGAACCGUGUCAGGGUGGGUGAUCUUCGCAUCACGGACCUACCCAUCGUCGUGGUCCUGGCGACUACCAUCGCUCCUUCAAGUCCUAGUACCACUGAUUGCGUUGCCGGGGUUUCUGCUGGCUCCCGAAAGCCCUCGCUGGUUGAUUUCAGUUGGCCGCCAUGAGGAGGCGCGCACAAUCCUGGCACGCCAUCAUGCGGGGGGAGACACAAACUCGCCACUGGUAAACUAUGAGAUCUCGACCAUUAGCUCUACUAUUGCAGCGGAGCAGGAGACACAGAGCAGCGCUAGCUACAUGGAGAUGCUCAAAACACCUGGAAACAGACGUCGGCUAUUCAUCUCCAUCACCUUGGGCAUCUUCGCGCAAUGGGCAGGUAAUGGUGUGGUCUCUUAUUAUUUGGCACUCAUCCUGGAUACGGUGGGAGUGACCAGUGUGAAGGAUCAGACGCUUAUCUCUGCCUGUAUGCAGAUGUGGAAUUUGAUAUUCGCCGUCCUUGGGGCAUUCCUCAUUGACCGAUUUGGUCGUCGUCCUCUGUUCCUGGCAUCUGCCGUAGUUAUGUUCGUGAGCUACGUCCUCGUCACUGCACUGUCGGGAUCUUUCGCAGCUACGCACCAUGUAGCCACCGGAGCGGCCGUCAUCCCGUUUCUCUUCAUCUUCUUUGCAGGCUAUGGACUUUGUCUAACCCCUUUGUUAACCGCCUAUCCGUGCGAAAUAUGGCCUUUCCGUCUCCGAUCUCGUGGCCUCACCGUGGCCUGGGUAGCCUCUAUCUGUGCAAUCUUCUUCAAUACAUUUGUGAACCCCAUUGCCUUGGACGCGAUCGAAUGGAAGUACUAUAUCGUGUUCAUUGUGGUACUGCUAACCUACGGGGUGACAGCGUACUUUUUCUAUCCGGAAACUAAGGGCUACACGCUUGAACAGAUUGCUGUGAUAUUCGAUGGUCCCACCUCUCAGGGGGAGAGCGAUGCCGAGCGUGCGGUGAAGUAUGCGGAUGUAUUCGAUGAUGUGAAGUCGCUCUCCUCAGCCACCCACCAAGAAUCUAUAUGA